AUGGACAUAGCACUUCCUAAUCCUACUGUGGCACUAAAUCCAUUGAAUAUUGAUACUGCUGAUUUUAUGGAAGAAGAAAUUCACGCCGAAGUGCAGUUGAAGAAUUACGGAAAAUUUCUUGAGGAAUAUACGUCUCAGCUGAAGAGAACUGAAGAUGCUUUGGAUGAUUCUGUUGGAGAUGUUUGGGACUUCAAUCUUGAUCCCAUUGCAUUAAAGCUUUUGCCAUAUGAACAGUCCUCCCUACUGGAGCUCAUAAAGACAGAAAACAAGGUUCUAAACAAAGUAAUAACUGUGUAUGCUGCCCUUUGCUGUGAAAUCAAGAAAUUAAAAUACGAGGCAGAAACUAAAUUUUAUAAUGGCCUCUUGUUUUAUGGAGAAGGAGCCACAGAUUCCAGCAUGGUGGAGGGAGAUUGCCAAAUACAGAUGGGAAGAUUUGUUUCUUUCUUGCAGGAGCUGUCUUGCUUUGUUACCCGAUGUUAUGAAGUGGUGGUGAAUGUAGUGCAUCAGUUGGCUGUUCUCUAUACCAGCAACAAGAAUGCACCUAAAAUUAUAGAGACAUCUGGAGUUCAUUUUCAGGCAAUGUACGAGCAUCUGGGAGAGUUGCUCACAGUCUUAAUCACUCUCGAUGAAAUAAUUGACAAUCACGCCACUCUGAAAGAUCACUGGACCAUGUAUAAGAGGCUGCUAAAAUCUGUCCAUCACAACCCCUCUAAGUUUGGGAUUCCAGAAGAUAAACUGAAGCCAUUUGAAAAGCUGCUCUUAAAACUGGAAUGCCAGUUAUUUGAUGGAAUGAUAUUUCAGGCCUGCAUAGAGCAACAAUUUGAUUCUGUAAAUGGUGGAGUGUCAGUGUCAAAGAACAACACCUUUGCUGAAGAAUUUGCUUAUACUCUCCGCACAACUUUCGCAAAUGUUGAAGCCAAACUUGGCGAGCCUUCAGAAAUUGACCAGAGAGAUAAAUAUGUGGGCAUCUGUGGCCUCUUUGUACUGCAUUUUCAGAUUUUUCGGACCAUAGACAAGAAAUUUUACAAGUCGUUGUUGGAUGUCUGUAAAAAGGUACCAGCCAUCACAUUAACUGCUAACAUUAUCUGGUUUGCUGACAACUUUCUGAUUCAGAAGAUACCAGCUGCUGCCAAACUUCUGGACAAGAAAAGUACUCAUACAGUUAAAACGCAAAGGGAGAACUUUCUACAGCAGCGGGCACAGUCACUUACCAAAGAUAUGCAGUCAUACUAUGUUUUUGUGAGCUCGUGGAUGACAAAAAUGGAGUCUAUCUUGUCAAAGGAGAAACGUGUGGAUAGGUUUGCAGAAGAUCUUUCUAACCGCUGCAAUGUCUUCAUCCAGGGUUUUCUUUAUGCAUACAGUCUUAGCACCAUCAUUAAAACUACAAUGAAUCUCUACAUGUCAAUGCAAAAACCUAUGACCAAAACCUCGGUGAAAGCUCUAUGCAGACUUGUAGAACUUCUGAAGGCAAUAGAACACAUGUUUUACCGGAGAAGUAUGGUUGUGGCAGAUUCUGUGACACACAUCACUCAGCAUCUGCAGUAUCAGGCUCUUCACUCUAUUUCUGUAGCCAAGAAAAGAGUAAUUUCUGAUAAAAAGUACAGUGAGCAACGCCUGGAUGUCCUCUCUGCUUUGGUGUUGGCUGAGAACACCCUCAAUGGGCCAAGUACAAAACAGAGGCGACUAAUUGUUUCCCUUGCACUGAGUGUGGGAACACAGAUGAAAACUUUUAAAGAUGAAGAACUCAUUCCUCUUCAGUUAGUUCUGAAAAAACUAGAUUUGAUCAGUGAACUUACAGAGAGAGUUCGAGUACAAUGUGACUGUUGCUUCUUAUACUGGCAUCGAGCAGUCUUUCCAAUCUAUUUAGAUGACGUGUAUGAAAAUGCUGUUGAUUCUGCUAGACUGCAUUAUAUGUUUAGUGCACUACGGGACUGUGUACCUGCUAUGAUGCAUGCAAGACACUUGGAAUCUUAUGAGGUACUUCUGGAAUGUUAUGACAAGGAAAUCAUGGAAGUGCUCAAUGAGCACUUGCUGGACAAAUUAUGUAAAGAGAUAGAAAAGGACCUGCGCUUAUCAGUUCAUACACAUCUAAAGCUGGAUGACAGAAACCCCUUCAGAGUUGGUAUGAAGGAUCUAGCUCACUUCUUCUUUCUGAACCCAAUACGUUUUUUCAAUCGAUUCAUUGACAUAAAAGCUUAUGUAACUCACUAUUUGGACAAGACCUUCUACAACUUAACGACUGUAGCUCUUCAUGACUGGGCCACCUACAGUGAAAUGAGAAACCUAGCAACUCAACGCUAUGGUUUAAGUAUGACUGAAGCACAUCUUCCCAGCCAGACUCUGGAACAGGGUCUGGAUGUUUUGGAAAUCAUGAGAAACAUUCAUGUUUUUGUAUCCCGCUACCUCUACAACCUGAAUAAUCAGGUAAGGUAUAUCCCAUACUUUCUCCUGGAUUUGGCUCUGAUUUGAAGGGAUUAAGAAACGCAGAGGACUGUACAUGUAAGAAAAACCCAAGCUGAACAUACAUAAUAACAAGCUGUAAAAUAGCUGUUGCUGUUCUAGAAAAACAUCUUUGGUGAUGCUGUAAACAGGUCUCGGAGAAUGUUCUCUAAGCUUGUUUUGAGUACGGUGUGCCUGUAGGAUCACUCUAAGACAAAUAUU